AUGGAGGAGCAGAUAGCGGCCAUCGAGUUGCGGGGGGUGCCGGCGUCAACCACGUUCGAUGACCUGCGGGCGAUAAUCGAAGUGCAGGCGGUAUGCAUCGUGAUGGAAGGCUCCGCCUCCAAUCAGGCCACCGCGCUUGCGCUGCUGGGCUCGGCAGAGGAAGCAGCCGCGGCAUGCGACCUGUUGGACGGUUCUCCUUGGGGCGCCGCCACGCUUUCUGUCAAAUUGGUGCCAGACGUGCAGGAGUGGCUUGUCAGUAACGGGCCAGAGGGCGUGACCAGCACAGCGCUGCAGGCUGCUGUGUUCGAGGAGCAGCAGCAGCUGAGCGGCACCGGUGCAGCACCGCCGCCAGACUUUGUGCACGAGUGGCAGCAGGACGAGCCGGGGGAAGGGCAGCAGCCGCUGCCACAGCAGCAGCAGGUGCAGCAGCAGCAGUCGGGAUGGCAGCAGGGAUGGCAGCAGCAGGAUCCAAGUUACGACCCACGAGACUGGGAGCCAGACUGGCAGAUGCAGGAGCAGCAGCAUGAGCUUGAGCAGCAGGACCUGCCCGCCCAGCCGCCCGCCCAGCAUGCAGCCUACGCCGGCGGCGGCUCGCAGGGAGGAGGCGAUGACGGCGGGUGGCAGGAGGUCGGGACCGGCAGCAGCAGCCGCGGCGAGCGCCCGCGCAGCCGGCCCCGCGGCGGCGGCGGCUCGUCCACGGCGACGGCCGCUGGCGGUGUUCCCAGCCUGGACAGCGGGCGCCUGAUGGUGCGGAACCUGUCGCCAGAGACAACGCAGGCGCAGGUGGCAGCGGCCUUCAAAAAGUUUGGGCGAGUGGUGCACGUCGUCAAGACGGGGAGCAAGCGGUAUGCUCACGUGCAGUUUGAUAGCCGGGCCAGCGCCGCCGCCGCUCUGGAGGCGCUGAACGAGACCCUGGUGCCAGAGCUCAACAGCAGCGGCGUGAUCUUUGUGGCUCCCAGCUACCCCGCCAGCGAUUCGUCGGCGAGGGUGCGUGCCGGCAGUAGCGGCGGCGCCAGCGCCAGCAAGAAAAAUAUCAGCGACACGCCCACAUCGGUGCUGUGGGUGGGCAACCUCCAGCAUGGCACCCAGGCAGAACGUGUGCGAGAGGUGUUCAGCAGGUUUGGGGCGCUGCUGCAGUGGCAGGUGGAGCGGGGUGAGGUGGCGGGGCGCACGCAGCUGCUGCGGUACGCCAUUGUCCAGUUCCGGAGGCAGCAGGAUGCGGUGGCGGCCUAUGGAGCACUCAACCACCAGUACGUCGACGAGCUGAGCAAGUUCCCGCUGAAGAUACACUACCGUGUUAACGCUGAAGAGCUGCGCAGUGUCUUCGGCCAGGCGGGCGACAUCCGGCAGCUCAUCUUGAGCUACGAUAGCAAUGCAGCGGAGGGGCAAGCCCUGGUUGCCUACAGCCACCCUGCCGCCGCAACGGAGGCGGUGGACCUCCUGGACGCGUACCCCAUGGGCUCCAGCUUGCUAGACGAGGUGGGGGUCGACCAGUACAUGGGCCGCCUCCUGUCGUCGCUGCUGGCCAAGAGCAGCCCGUGGCAGGAGCAGGCUCCGGCGGCAGCGCCGGCGGUGGCUACCAGCGGCGCAGCGCCAGCGGCGGCAGAGGCGGGAGGUGGGACGCAGGGCGGCCUGUCUGCGCUGGAGGAUGAGAUGCGGGAGCUGCAGCUGCACCUGCAGCAGCACGCCGAUGACCUGCAGCAGUACCAAGCGCCGUCUGGCAGCAGCCAGCAGGACGAGGAUGACGACGGCUGGCAGGACGUAGCCCCCGCGCGCCGCCCCCACCCGCAGCACCAGCACCAGCACCCGCAGCCGCACUCGCCGCCCGCAGGCGCCGGCGGCGGCGCUGCCACGGGCAGCCCCGAUGUGCCCAACUCGGGGCUGUGGAUCGGCUGGAUUGACUUGGGAGUCGAGAAGGCAGACCUGGCGGCCGCGCUGUCCCAGUUUGGGCCCGUCAGCAUCGAGCACCUGCAGGCAGCCCAGCGCCCCGCGUACGACGGCCGCAUGUACAAGUGGGGCAUCGCCCGCUUCCGCAGCUUGGAAGACUCCGUGCGUGCCAAGAAGGCGCUGGCCAAGCAGGUGCUGCCCGGCAUCAGCGUGAUGCCUCUGAAGGUCACCUACUACCAUCCCCAUCACAGCAAGGCCAAGUAG